UAUUUGAGCGUCUUCGGGUUUUUUCUUAUUAACCACAGCCGCUCCCAAACCCUUCGUAGCAGUUUCGCCGCCAUUAACGUCGCCGUCUAUACUGAAAAAUCUUCAUCUUCUCGAAUCUCCUCUCAGAUCUCUGAAUUUCGGGUCUGUUGAGUUAUGUUUGUUGUGGUAGACCAAAUUCCUUGAGUUUUUUUGCUGACUACCCAACACUACAAAACCCUAAAGUGAUGAUUACUACAUUGCGCAAGGGCUUUGAGUUCCAUAUAAUGGGAUAAUGAGAUAAUCUAUUUGAUAUAUCCCAUCUGAUGGCAGCUUUUGAUUAGCAUUUGGUUGUUCUCUCUCAAAUUCUCCCAUGGCCAUGAAUAUAACUUGAGUCAGCAUCAAUUCGAUUGUCAAUAUGGAACAGUUAAAGAUUGUGUUUUCAAAUACAUUGAAGCAAGAAAUUUCCUUUUGAUAGCAUGAGUUGCAUUAUUUUUUGGGUGACAUCAGUUAGCAUUCAUGGGUUAAAAAUACUUCAUAAUUUGUGAACCCAUUAGUUAGUUGUGAGCUCAAUGUACUUUAUUACCAGCAUCGAACUUGGAGCAACCUGUUUUUUUAAAGUUGACGUGGCAAUAGUCGUUGUAGACAUGAGAAUUGUUCAGAUCUUAAGCGCCAACUCAGGUGGCUUGGAGUUAUGAUACUAAUGAUCCGGUUUUCAUUACAAAGUCUCUGCUUAUUUGAGAAUCGCGACAUGUUUGAUUGUACCCUCUUUGUAUGAGGUGCCUAUUUGAAAAUAUUUUUGAAAUACUGCCAGGCGUAGGAGUACUUACUCUUCGUGAAUGCAAUGAAGCAUGUUCUGAAAAUUUUAACACUGCUGGUUGCCAUUUCUGCAUUUUGGAUUGGCCUCUUGGAGACAUCUCUAAUUCCCCGUAGUAAUGCCUGGCUGCUACCCAUCUAUUUUGUUGUAUCUCUAGGAUGCUAUGGUCUGCUAAUGGUGGGAAUUGGUCUGACACGAUUUCCAACUUGUCCUCAUGAAGCAUUGCUACUGCAGCAGGACAUUGUUGAAGCCAAGGACUUUCUGAUGCAAAAGGGGGUUGAUGUCGCUUCUACUUGAUUAAGUUUUCAGGGUCCUCUUGAAUUGGACGUUAGCUAAGGAUUUGAUUUGAAACUCCUGUAAGUUUGUUCUAACUGCCAGUUGAAAAGCCUUUGUACCUGACUGAAAUAUUCUAAAAACGAAAGGCUAUGUGAUGGCUGCCAUUACUAUUCCUCCAUCUUCGCUCUUUUUCUCUGGCACUACGAUCUUAGCGAUGUUAUUUUGAGCGCGAACUGAUGCGCUUGUUUUGAAAACUGACAAGGCAGGUUGAAUGAUGUGCAAUAUGGGACCUGUAAAAGUCUGUAACGAUGAACCUGUCUGAAACUGUGUUUGGAGGAGCCCAAGUAAAACUAGUUUCUCACUGUAUGAUCCAUCCUGAGUAGGAAUAGACCUUCUGAUUCCAGUU